AUGGCCUCAGCCGGGGGCUUGACUCGCCGACGUGGCGGCGGUCGAGCCGCUGGUCCAGACGAACAAGAUGACAGCCGAGUUUCGUCGCCUGUCUCGAGGAACGGCUCUGCGAUGGACAACCGUGUUCCGGAGACCUCAUUCACCAGUGCCGAGAAUGGCCAUAAGAUCGCAUUCGAUCCCCGCGACCUCAGCGAAACCGAGGAGCGGAGCAAGCAACCGAAGCUCACCCUGAUGGAGGAGGUGCUAUUGCUAGGUCUGAAAGAUAAGCAGGGUUACCUCUCCUUCUGGAACGAGAACAUAUCAUAUGCCUUGCGAGGGUGCAUCGUCAUUGAACUCGCGCUCCGAGGCCGGAUAAGCAUGCAGAAGGAUUCGUCACGGCGACGCUUUCCCCUGGCCGACCGCGUGAUCGAGGUUAUCGACGACACAUUGACUGGGGAAGUCUUGCUGGACGAGGCGUUGAAGAUGAUGAAAACGAGCGAGAAGAUGAGUGUCAACUCAUGGAUUGACUUGAUGAGCGGCGAGACCUGGAAUCUGAUGAAGAUCGGGUAUCAAUUGAAACAAGUGCGCGAGCGACUGGCUAAGGGCCUUGUGGAUAAGGGUAUUCUCCGCACUGAGAAACGGAACUUCCUACUCUUCGAUAUGGCCACGCACCCCGUGGCCGACGGUGGCGCCAAAGACGAUCUCCACCGACGGGUGCGCAACAUUUGCAGUAACCGCACCGUUAUUAUUCCCCCAAGCCCGUGGCUUCCCGAGGACGCAGAAUUCCGCUAUCUUCGUACGGUGACAAUGGUGUGUGCUGCUUACGCGGCCAACGUUCUGGAAAACGCCCUAGUCACGAUGAGCCACGAGGCUCGUGAGAGAGCCUUUGCACAGGUGGACGAACUCUUAGCUGAAUACUCGCAAUGGCCAUUUGGUCGCCGGGCAGGCGGCUCACAGGCGAUCGGAGCCAACCUGGCUCAGGUUAUAAACGAUGAGGUCAACCGUGGCAAGGACCGGGAACUUCAGCUAGAGAUUGUCGCGGCUUGCCUGAGUGUAUUCACUCGGCUUGAUUCCCUCCUCUAA